AUGGAUUCAUAUAAACAGUUACGGUUGUUGCUAUGGAAAAAUAUUUUACAACAAAUUAGAGCACCAAUAUUUACAUUAUUUGAAAUUGUUGUACCUCUUUUUCUUAUUUCAUUAUCAUUUGGUUUAAUGAUAGGGUUAAGAGAUACAUUUGAAAAAAAAUAUGAUGCAACUAGUUACACAUUAUGGCCAAUAACGGGUAGUUAUAUAGAUUUAUUAAUGCCAGCUGAAAUUACAACAAUGGAUGAAACUCUUAUAGAUUAUUCUAUUUUUAUGAAUACAAAAUCUUCUUCCUGUCAAUUUCUUCAAGUAACAACAAGAAAUAUUUCAGAAGUUAAUAAAUUAAUUGAUAUAAAUAUUGAAUUUGUUUAUGCACCAAAAACAACUGUAACAACAGCAAUUAUGAAUCAAAUAGUUAAAAGAUUUACACAAAAUGAUGUUUUUCAUAAUCCUUUACCAAUUUUUAGUAUUCCUACAGUGUUAAAUAUAACUUUACCUGAUUAUAUUAAAAAUAUUAUUAGUUCAUUAAAUUCUACCACAUUAAAUAUUCAUGGAAAUAGUAGAGGAUAUAAAAAUGAAGCUGCAUUAUUAAAAGAUUUAGAAAAUACUUUUGCUAAUCAAUGUAAUAAUUCAAUAAUUGGUGGUAUAAUAUUUGAUGAUCAUUUUUCUAAUGAUCCAAAAGAUAAUAAUAAUAUUACAUAUACAAUACGCCUUUCAAAUACCCAUAGAAGACUUGCUAAAACUUUUGCUAAAAAUGAUUUUGGACCAUGGAAUACUGUAACAAAAUUUGCCACACAAUACCUUUCUGGACCAAUAGCACCAACACAAUAUGAUGGUGGUGAACCAGGAUAUUGGAGAGAAGGAUUUUUAAUGAUUCAAAAAGCAAUAGAUUCAUCUAUUGGUUCAUAUAUAAUAAAUAAUUAUACAGAAUCAAAUAUUUCAGUUAUUGAAGAUAUUAUAUCAAGUCAUUCAUUAACAACAUUACAAAGAUUUCCAUUUCCAGCAUAUCAAACAAAAAUUAUUGAAGUUGGAUCAUAUUUUUUACCAAUUGUUAUAGUAUUUUCAUUAAUGACUAGUGUUAUAUAUAUUGUUAGAACAUUAGUAUCAGAGAAAGAAAGUCAAUUAAAAGAAUAUAUGAAAGUUAUGGGAUUAAAACAAUGGGUUAAUUGGAUUGCAUAUUUAAUUAUUAAUUAUACUAAAAUGUUACUUCCUGCCAUUCUUAUAACAAUUUUUAUGAUAUUUGUAGCACAAAAUACGGAUCCAUCAUUAGUUUUAAUAUUUUUUAUUCUCUAUACAUUUAAUGUUGUUUAUUUUGCAUUUUUUAUUUCAACAUUUUUACAAUCAGCAACUACUGGAACAUUAUUUGCUGUACUUGGGUGGAUGCUUCUAUAUUUUUGGAGUGUAUUAUUUCAAACACUUGAUUCACAAGCUAAUUAUUCUUUUGUAACAAAAAUGCUUAAUUUUAUUAAUCCUAAUGUAAUUUUAACAUAUGCAGUUGUUUCAAUUGGUAGAUAUGAAACACAAGCUAGUGGUGUAACAUGGAAUUCAAUUUGGACACCACCAACACCAGAUCAAGAAAUAUGUUUUUAUCAUUAUUUAUUAAUGUUAAUUGUUGAUGGUAUUUUACUUAUCAUAUUUACUGGAUAUGUUGAAGCUGUCAAUCCAAGUGGUGAUGGUGUACCACAACCAUCAUACUUUUUCUUACUACCAAAAUAUUGGUUUCCAUCAAUCUUUAAAAAUAAAACAUCAUUAUUUAAUAUUAAUUCAAAAGUAUGUACACUUGGUGAUAAAAGUGAAAAUGAACCUGAUGUUACUCCAAUGAUAAAUAUAGUAAAUUUAUCAAAAACUUAUGGUAAAAAUUUUAUUUCAAGAUUAUUUAAUUGUAAAUUUGGUCAAAGUGGACAAAAAGUUGCUGUUGAAGAUUUAAAUUUACGUAUAUAUCCUGGUCAAAUUACGGCACUCCUUGGACAUAAUGGUGCUGGUAAAAGUACAACAUUUUCAAUGUUAACAGGUGUCAUAUCAUCAACAUCUGGUACAGCAUAUAUUGAUGGUUUUGAUAUCAAAUCAAGUUUAUCAUUAAUUAGAAAAAAAUUAGGAUUAUGUCCACAAUAUAAUACAUUAUUUAGUACAUUAACUGUAAUCGAACAUCUUGAAUUUUUUUGUAAACUUAAAGGAAGAGAGUAUGAUGAAGAGGAGGCUAUGAGUAUAUUAAAAAGAUUAAAAAUUGAUUUUAAGGCAAAUUUUAGAGCUGGAAAUUUAUCUGGUGGUCAAAAAAGAAAAUUAUCAUUAGCUAUAGCAUUAAUAGGUGGUUCUGAAAUAGUUAUGCUUGAUGAACCAACAUCAGGUAUGGAUCCUGGUGCAAGACAUGAAACAUGGACUUUAUUAUUAGAAGAAAAAGCUAAAAGAACAAUGCUUUUAACGACACAUUUUAUGGAAGAAGCUGAUUUAUUAGGUGAUAGAAUAGCAAUUAUGGCACAUGGAAAUUUACAAUGUUCUGGUUCAAGUAUGUUUUUAAAGAAACUUUAUGGUGCUGGUUAUCAUUUAACAGUAGUAUUUAAAAAAGGAAUACCAUUAUCUGAAAUUCAUAAACAAUAUAAAAAUGUUUUAUUAUUUUUAAGAACAUAUUGUGAAGAUGCAGAGAUGCAUUCAGCUGUUGGUAAUGAAGCAACAUAUUUAAUAAAUCAAUCACAUAGAUCAAAAUUUUCAACAAUUUUUAAAGAUUUAGAAGAUGGACAGGAGAAAUUUAAUAUUGAAUCAUUUGGUGUUUCAAUAACAACAAUGGAAGAAGUAUUUUUAAAAGUUAAUGAUAUAGCAAAUAUGAAUAGAGAUAUAAAAUUAGGUAUUUAUAAUGAUAAUUCAGCAAAUGAAAGAGAAGAUUUAAUACAAAAAUUUAAUGAUUUAAAAACAAUAAAAAAAAUAUCUGGUAUAAAUUAUUAUUUUCAACAUAUUAAAGCAAUGUUUUUAAAAAGAAUUAUUUAUUUUUGUAGAAAAUGGACACAAUUUAUACCAUCAUUAAUAAUACCAAUAAUAUAUUUAUCAUUAUUAACAUGGACAUUAAAAAUUAUUCCUGCUGCAAAACCUCAACCACCAUUAGAAAUUAAUUAUAAUUAUUAUUCACAAAAAAAUAUACCUGCUGAUAUUAUAAUACAAAAAUCUAAUGAUACUUUUGAUAAUUUAACAUUUGCUACAGAUUUAUAUAAUUUGGUACAAAAAAUUAAUCCAUCAACAAAAAUUCAUCCAAUUUAUACAAAUCAAUCUUUUGAUGAAUAUUCAUAUAUUAAAAAAGAAAUUAAAAAUCAAGGAUAUAGAGUUUUUAGUUUAAAAACUCCAGUAGCAUUUGGUGAUUGGUUUGAUGAUAUAACAAUACCAUUAAUAGGAAAAUUACAUUUAUCACUUAUUAAUGGACUUUUUAAUAAUUUUGCACUUCAUUCACCACCAUUAGCAUUAAAUAUUAUUGAUAUAUUUUUAUUAAGAAAACAAACAAAUAAUUCAAAUUUAAUAAUUAAUGUUAUUAAUCAUCCAUUACCACCUGUUAUAGCAGAUUCAAUGAAAUCAUCAAGUACAACAGCAUCAGCAUCAUUUAUGAUUGGUUAUACAAUUAUUGUAUCAAUGUCAAUGGCUGUCUCAAUUUAUGCUUCAUUUAUUAUAAGAGAAAGAUCAAAAAAAUCAAAACAUAUGCAAAUGAUGUCUGGUAUAAGACCAUGGGUUUAUUGGUUAACAAAUUUUAUAUGGGAUGCUGUAUGUUAUUUAUUACCAGUAGGAUGUUUUAUAGGAAUAUAUUUUAUAUUUGAUAUUCCACCAUUUACUAAUUCUGUUAAUACAGUUUUAACAUUAUUAUUUAUUAUGUUAUUAUAUGGAUGGACAAUUAUACCAUUUGUUUAUACAUUUCAAUUUGCAUUUAAAUCAGCACCAAAAGGAUAUACAUUAAUUGUUAUGUAUAAUAUUAUUACAGCAAUAGCAUCAUCUAUUGCUACAAAUAUUAUUGCACAAACUGUUAAUGUUGAUGUAUCAUUUACCUGGUCAAUAAUUUUAUCAUUCCUAUUUCCAACAUAUAAUCUUUCUAAUUGUUUUUCAAUUUUAUAUAAUAAUGAAUAUGCCAGAAUUGCAUGUGAAGAUAUUGAUUGUGGAAAUCCUUUAUUUAGUGGUAAUGUACCACAAUGUUGUGGAAGUAUUGAAAGUAAGGCAUAUGUUGAUAAUGUUAUCAAUGAAUUUGGUAGAAUGGGUAUAGCAUGGGGUCUUCUAUUUUUAGGUUUACAAGGAUUUUUAUAUUGGUUUACAACAAUUGCUAUAGAAAAACAAUGGAUAAAAAAAUUUGGAAAAAAAAAUGAACCAAAAAAAAAUGGAUAUGAUAAUAAUUCAUUUAAUUGGGAAUGUACUGAUCCAAAACUUACUGUUAAUAUGUUAGAAAUUGGUAAAAGAAGAAAUUUAUCAAUAACUUCUAAUAGUGAGGAAGAUGAUGAUGUUAUAAAAGAAAGAGAAAAUGUUCUUGAAUCAUCACCAUUAAAUCAUACAAUUAUUGUUAAAAAUGUUAAAAAAUGGUAUGGUAAUUUUCAGGCAGUAAAAGGAAUUAAUUUUACAGUAAGAAAAAGUGAUUGUUUUGGUUUACUUGGUGUUAAUGGUGCUGGAAAAACAUCAACAUUUCAAAUGUUAACAGGUGAAAAUGAUAUUUCUGAGGGUGAUGCUUAUAUUAAAGGAUAUAGUGUUAAAAAUAAUUGGAGAAAAGCAGGUGAAAAUAUUGGUUAUUGUCCACAGUAUGAUGCUAUUAUUAAAGAAAUGACUGGUGAAGAAACAUUAUAUAUGUUUGCAAGAAUACGUGGUAUUAUACCAAGUGAUAUUCCAAAAACAGUAACAACAAUAAUACAAGCUAUUGGUAUUGGUAUGUAUGCUAAAAGGCAAAUAAAAACAUAUUCUGGUGGUAAUAAAAGAAGAUUAUCUCUUGGUAUAGCUUUAGUUGGUAUGCCUGAUGUACUUUUAUUAGAUGAACCAACAUCUGGUGUUGAUCCUAAAGCUAGAAGAAUUGUUUGGGAAAUUUUAGCACGUGUUCGAGAAGUUGGUACAGCAAUAGUAUUAACAUCACAUUCAAUGGAAGAAUGUGAAGCACUUUGUACAUCAUUAUCAAUUAUGGUACAUGGUAAAUUUAAAUGUUUUGGUUCACCACAACAUAUCAAAUCAAAAUAUGGUUCUGGAUAUACACUUCUAAUUCGUCUAGAAACAUCAAAUGAUAUACCAUCAACAAUUAAUACAAUUUUACAAAAAUUCCCUGGCUCUAUAUUAAAAGAACAACAUGCAUUACAAUUAAAUUUUGAAUUAAGAAAAACUAAAAAUACAACAUGGAGUAAUUUAUUUAAACAACUAGAAGAUUUAGUAGAACCAUUACAGAUUCAGGAUUAUUCCUUAUCACAAACAACAUUGGAACAAGUAUUUUUAGAAUUUUCAAGAGAUGCUUCUAUGAUUGGGUAUAAUGAUAACGCGAGUACGGAAUGA